AUGUCUCCAACGGUAGAUCGGAUUAGCUCUUUACCGAACGAACUCCUUUGUCACAUCCUGUCUUUUCUGCCAACGAAACAAGCUGUUGCCACAGGUAUACUUUCUAAGCGAUGGGGCCCUCUAUGGCGCUCAGUUUCCACUCUCGACUUCAACGAUGAAAGUUAUUUGCAAAAGCGAACGUUCUUCUACUGGUAUCGUUCAGUUCAAUCUGUUUACACAGUUAUGCUCCGCCGAGAUGUGGCACAACCCAUCAAAAGGUUUAUCCUUGCGUGUUCCUUUUGUGACGUUUAUACUGUAAGCACAUGGAUAAUGACUGCAAUAGAACACAGAGCUGAGCAUGUAAGUCUUUCCCUCAAUCCGUUGAUUACUUUGUCGUGUUCGAUUCUCAGUAGCAGAUAUCUUGUGGUUCUGGAGUUGUCAGGGCCAACUCUUAGAGGGAUUUCAUCUUGUGAUUUCCCAUCACUUAAAACACUGCAUCUGAAGAUGGUUCAUUUACGAGAAUGUAGAUGUCUUGUUGAAAUUCUUGCUGCAUGUCCAGUUCUUGAAGAUCUUUUUAUCAGUUCUCUGCGAGUUACCAGUUCUUAUUGUCAUGGCGGUGACCAGUUGAGAUUGUCCAAACUUGUCAGAGUAGAUAUUAGUGAUUCUGCUUAUUUAGCUUGUAUUCAGUUACCAACAUUAUCUAACGUCAAGUUUCUCCGCACUGAUGUUGUGCAACUGCGGACUACUUUCGUCGGGCUUUUCACUUUUGUUAAUUUAACCUACUUGGAGCUUAUCGUUGACGCCCAUUAUUGGGAUUGGUUGCUUAAAUUGCUGCAUUGUUGUCCCAAUCUUCAGAUUCUUGUGAUUGAUAAGGGAAAUUCUUUCAACAAAACCAGUAAUGAUGAAAAUUGGAUAUAUUAUGCAGAAUGCAAGAGCUUUAUGCGCCUUCACAAUCUGCAGUACUGGUUUCUCACCUCUAGCGGCAAAGUUCCAAAUGAUUAA